AUGCGGGAGGAAGACCCCAAUAAAGCCGCGUCCCAGACCCGGCAAGCAGUGGUUCUUCAGCGCGUGCCGAGAACGAGGCGGCGGGAGGGGUCCGGAGCGCGGGAGAGGUCCGGAGGGCGGGCUGGAGGCCUGCCUCCCCAACCCCCAACCCCGCUCCCGCCCAGGCCCGGGGCGCUCCCGCCGUCCCCUCCCCCGCGCCCAGCGCGGGUCCUACCGAAACUCGGCGGGCUCGUGGUGUCGAGACGCCCCCCGCGGGGGCCCCGGGCCGAGAGGGAGGGCCCCGGAGCCCCCACCCCCCGCCCCGGCUCCUCAACACAAACUUUCCGUCCCGCUCGCUCCCUCCUCCGCGCCCGGCGCCUCCCGCUCCAGCCCGGCUCAUUCCGCACAUUCCGGCCAGCCCCCUCCCCAAGACCCCCCUUCCCCGGCCCCCCUCUCAGCUCCUUCGGGCCCGGCGGAGCGGCCCGGCCGGAGCGCCCCCCCGAGCUCGGACCAGGCUCCGGCUGCCCAGUGGGCUCAGGCCCAGAGCCCAGAGCAACCAGCACGAUAGCGUCCAGCAGCUGGAAUGCCAGCAGCAGCCCCGGGGAGGCCCGGGAGGACGGGCCCGAGGGCCUGGACAAGGGGCUGGACAACGACGCGGAGGGCGUGUGGAGCCCCGACAUCGAGCAGAGCUUCCAGGAGGCCCUGGCCAUCUACCCGCCCUGCGGCCGCCGCAAAAUCAUCCUGUCAGACGAGGGCAAGAUGUACGGUCGAAAUGAGUUGAUUGCACGCUACAUUAAAUUGAGGACCGGGAAGACUCGGACGAGAAAACAGGUGUCCAGCCACAUACAGGUUCUAGCUCGGAAGAAGGUGCGGGAGUACCAGGUUGGCAUCAAGGCCAUGAACCUGGACCAGGUCUCCAAGGACAAGGCCCUCCAGAGCAUGGCAUCCAUGUCAUCCGCCCAGAUCGUCUCCGCCAGCGUCCUACAGAACAAGUUCAGCCCGCCCUCCCCUCUGCCCCAAGGCGUUUUCUCCACUUCCUCACGGUUCUGGAGCAGCCCCCCUCUCCUGGGACAGCAGCCUGGACCCUCUCAGGACAUCAAGCCCUUUGCACAGCCAGCCUACCCCAUCCAGCCGCCCCUGCCGCCCACGCUCAGCAGUUACGAGCCCCUGACCCCGCUCCCCCCAGCUGCUGCCUCUGUGCCCGUGUGGCAGGACCGCACCAUCGCCUCCUCCCGGCUGCGGCUCCUCGAGUAUUCGGCCUUCAUGGAGGUGCAGCGAGACCCUGACACGUACAGCAAACACCUAUUUGUGCACAUCGGCCAGACGAACCCUGCCUUCUCAGACCCGCCGCUGGAGGCCGUCGACGUGCGUCAGAUCUAUGACAAGUUCCCUGAGAAGAAGGGUGGACUGAAGGAACUCUAUGAGAAGGGACCCCCUAACGCCUUCUUCCUUGUCAAGUUCUGGGCCGACCUCAACAGCACCAUCCAGGAGGGCCCCGGAGCCUUCUAUGGGGUCAGCUCUCAGUAUAGCUCGGCCGAUAGCAUGACCAUCAGCGUCUCCACCAAGGUGUGCUCCUUUGGCAAGCAGGUGGUGGAGAAGGUAGAGACGGAGUACGCCAGGCUGGAGAAUGGGCGCUUCGUGUACCGCAUCCACCGCUCCCCCAUGUGCGAGUACAUGAUCAACUUCAUCCACAAGCUGAAGCACCUGCCGGAGAAGUACAUGAUGAACAGCGUCCUGGAGAACUUCACCAUCCUGCAGGUGGUCACGAGCCGGGACUCCCAGGAGACCCUGCUUGUCAUUGCUUUCGUCUUUGAAGUCUCCACCAGCGAGCACGGGGCCCAGCACCAUGUCUACAAGCUCGUCAAAGACUAGGCCACCGUCGGCCCCCAGCACCAGGAUCCAGGACAAGCAUCUUUUCCACACACCUGCCUGGCCCCCCCCGCUCUGGAGGUCUGGAUUGAGGACUCAUCCGCCUACCAGGCCUCAGGCCCUGGGCCCAGGAGGCCUCCCCACCUACCCCCCAGCACACACACUCCCUGCCACUGUUCUGCGCUUUAACUGUGGGAGAAGAGAGGAGGGCUCUGUGGUGGGGCAGCCUGCCCCGGACGCUGAACCAUCACCCAGCUCUGC